AUGACUCACUUGCCCCUUUUUCCUGCCUUCCUGACGUCCCCCCUCCUCUGGCCUGCUCAAUUCCCUUUCUUGCUUCUCUGGCGCGUUCCAUGCUAUUUGCCAGACCGCUGCCCACACCCCUGCUUCUCUGCUGAUCCUGCCUUGCUUCCCAUCGCCUUUCCUCCCCACCCAUCUUUCCUCGCCGAUCUGGUGUCGGGGAUCGUAGAUCUCUCCUUCCUUCCUGCCCGCGUCGAUAGUCCCGCUGGCGCCCCUCCUCUUCCCAUCUCCCUCCCUGUCUUCGCUGCAGAUCACAUUCUGGCGAGCGCGGCCCUCCUCCAUGCCUCUCGUUGCCCUGCGGACGCGGAUCCAGCGAGCGAUAUCCGCUGCCCCAGCUCAUACCCCGUUCUUGGUACCGAUCAGACGAGCUCGACUCGCCUCCCCUCCUCCCCUCAUGAAGUUUGCGCAGAUCUGGCGAGCGUGGCCCGCUUCCAUGCCUUCCUUCGUGUUGCUGAUACGGAUCUGGUGAGCGCACCCCGCCUCUCCGCCUCUCGCUAUGCUGCCGAUACGAAUCUGGCGAACGCGACUCGCCUCCACGCCUUCCCUCACGGCGCUGGCGCAGAUCUGGCGAGCGUGGCCCGCUUCCCCGCGCCCCGUGAUGCGGCUGAUACGAAUUUGGCGAGCGCGACCCGCCUCCCCACCUCCCGCUGCGAUAUCUCUACGGAUCCGGCGAGCGCGACCCGCUUCCCCGCUUCCCGCCCCGAUGCUGACGUGGAUUCGGCGAGCGCGAUCCGCCUCCCCGUCUUCCGUCACGAUGUUGACGCGGAUCAGGCGAACGCGAUUCGCUUCCCCGCCUUCCGUCACGAUGCUGACGUGGAUCCGGCGAGCGCGACCCGUUUCCCCGCCUUCCGUCACGAUGCUGACGCGGAUCAGGCGAACGCGAUCCGCCUCCUCGCCUCUCGUCACGAUGCGGGUGCAGAUCUGGCGCGCGCGGACCGCUUCCCCGCUUUUCGUCAUGCUGCUGACGCGGAUCUGGCGAGUGCGGCGCGUCGCAGCCCUGCUCCCCGCCAUACGCCUGCUGCCCAGAAACGUGCGCCUCCCUUCGCGCGCUUCGUGCGCCACCAGUUCCCCCCGUCUCCCCUUCGCCUGCCUUUCCGCCUUGCCUGGCGCAGGGUCUGCCUCCGUUGCUUCCGCGGGCAUGUCGCCCUGCCCGCCUCCGUCCUCCUUCCGGACUUCGUCGCCGGCCUCUGCCACGUCAUCGCGCUCAGACUCCUGCGAGGUAUCCGUCGCGUCGUCCUCUCCUUCUCCGCUGGCGUUGAGGUCUCCCUCUCGGCCCGAAAACAGUCCCUCCAAGCCUCGCCCGCAACUUCGAUCUUCGCGACGACGAUAGCUUGCUUCCGGCGAGCGGUACGCUCCCGUCUAUUGGCGAUACCCAAGAUCGCCACCUGCUCCGUGGCGCGGAUCCGUCCGCCACGGAUCACUCCCCGCCAUGACCGAUCCCGAACCGCCUGCUCCUUCUCGAGCAGAUCCGCCCUCUCGGCGUUCGGGCCAGAGAGGCACCUGAUCCGCACGAAAGGCAGGCCUCCGCGGCGACCACUCCACUGA